UUAGGCAGUAAAUGAAUUGAACUAAUUAAAACAAUGGACUGUAACAAGAAUAAUCAGCCAGACGACAACUGUGGCUAAAUAUAACACUGCUAAACGUGAGGAGCUGUUAGCCAACAGGCUAAAUAAUAAGGAAGUUGACGAAGGAUGCAUGUGGGAUUUGUUAGUGCUGUUGAAAGUGACGCCCCUGACAUGACCCAAGUCAGAGUGUUCCUCCCUACUGAUCAGAGUCAACUUCGGGAUAAACCAAACGGUUGCUCGGAUUUAAACUGAAAACUGGAGCAUCCUAAUUGUUCGGUUCAAAAUAAGACAGGAGUUCCAUCUUCAUUCUGACUCACAUAAGUGGCACCUGUUACCAUGGAGAAGCCUUGGAAAGUGAGGUUUAGAAAUGUGGGCCAGGCCUAUUUCCCUCAAACCAGGGUGGAAUGUUGCUAUACUAUAAGUAGUCAACACAACUGGAGCAGUCGUGAUUGGAUAGGUCUUUUCAAGGUUGGAUGGACAUCAGUGAGAAACUAUUAUACAUUUGCCUGGGCCCUUGCUCCAGAUGGAUACACAGGUGACACAGACAUGAACUGCAAUGUUGUCUUUCAGCCAUCCUACCUGCCAAAUCCUGGUGGGACAGCGUUCCAGUUUGUGUAUGUGGAUGAAAUGGGGCAAAUAUGUGGAGUAAGCUCUCAUUUUACUUUUUGUGCACCAAGACCUUUGGAUGAACUGGUAACACUUGAGGAAGAGAUGAAUGGGGAAGAAGAGAAUGAAGGUGAUGACUUGCUGCUAGUAGUGCCCAAAGCUGAAAUACUUCAGAGCCUUCUGGAGGCAUGUCAAAAAGAACUAAAACAGGUUCAGAAGAAGUUUGAGGCAGCCACAGAGGAAGUGGAAAAAUACAGGAAGACAGAUGAAUCUGAGAGGAAUAAUUUUGGAAAAGAGAGGACAGAGAUGAAGAAUGAGAUUGAAGAACUGAGGGGCAGCUUGAGAUGUAGCAUGGAAAAGAUUGAGAGAAUGGAAGAGAAACAAAAGGAUGUGCUGAUGUGUCAUGAAAAAAUAUCCACAGAUCUUAGAGGCCUAUUGGUGGAAAGAACUGAAAAACAGCAGCAAAUCAAAGAUCUUGAGGAGGAAUUAAGUAAUCUGACUCUACAAAAACAAGAGACAGAGUUGGAACUGGACAGGAUGAAAGAGAGAAUCAAGAAGAUGAAUACACAAAGGAAGGAUGAGGAGGAUGAGAGGAGGAACUUGCAGAUAGAGAGUAAACAGGUUCAGGAUGAGCUGCGGGCCCUGAAGGAGCGUCUGGAGGCCAGUGAGCGCAGCACAGAGGCCCUGCGGCGGGACUUGAGUGAACUGGGAGCCCUGCAGGGUCACAGCCAUGCGGAGCUGCACCAGGCCCGGCUGCAGGCGGCACAAAUGACCCUACAACUUUCCCAGGCUAACCUUGCGCUCCGUGAGGGCCAGGCUGCCUGGGCUCAGGAAAGAGAGAGCAUGAGGCAAAAUUCAGAGCUGGAUAAGGACCGACUCCAGAAGCUGAGUCGAGAACUUCAAAAAAAGGAAGAGUGGCUCCAGGAGGAGAGGCUGGAGCGAGAAAAACUGGAGGUGGAGCUUGGAAGCCAGAAAGAUUGCAACAGGGAACUGAGAGCGAGUCUUAGAGCCAUACAAAAGGAGAGAGAGCAACAUCAGCUGGAGAGACAGGAGCUCUUGGAUCACAUUCGUGUGUUGCAGCUUCGACUGGAGAGGGAGGCUGAUGCCAAGUGGACAGAGGCAGCAUCUAGCACACCUCUGAACAUUGACAAUGCAGAAACCUCUAUGGAGAGGUCUCCUUUAGAGAAAGCCCAUGAAAUCCAGCUUCUGAUCCAGAAGGAGAAGGAUGAGAACCAGGAAGAAGCUAGAGUGGACAGCUUGCCUGAGCCAACCGAAAAUCACAAAAAGGAAACAGACAGAGAAGAGAUGGGAUUGGAUUUGCGAAGCCAUUCUGAUCCAAACACCAGUGAGGAUAAGCAGCUCCUUAAGUCUGAGGUCAAUGGGAACAAAGUGAGUGAACUAACUGAUUCCCCCUUGUGGUGACACAAGAAUAGAACUGAAGGAGGUGAACUUGAUGCUACUUGUUUACAUCCAUGAAACAUCAUGUUCUUAAGAGUGUAAUGUUUCCUAGUACAUAAGGCACUUAUUGGAUAUGCUUGGUGCAGUGGGCAUGUGCUUUUUGGUCCGUGUGUGUGUGUGUGUGUGUGUGUGUGUUGUUGUUGUUGUGAGUGUGAGUAACUAAAAAAAAGUGAUUAAAGAGAUCAGGGGACAUCAUAAAGACAAAUAAAUAAAUAUGUGUUAACUUGACAUCAUAAUUAGUUUGAUUUGCUGUGUGUCUCUGUACCUGUGUAUCUCUUUAUGUUUUUAUACAAAAAUGUUUUUGUAUAAUUACAAUAAGAACAUAGAUCUAAUGUAGCCCAUAUCAUAUCACAUAAAUAUUUAUUAAGACAUUGUUAUUCAUGUUAACUGUGACAGUAACCCACCAGUUGUGGUCAGUGUUAUUUUUGGUGCUAGAUCGGUUAAAUUAUUACAGUCUGCCACAGUAACUGUUGAGUUCACUGCGUGAAAAACCUAGCUAAACAUUUUGGAGUGUUACAGACUAGUUCUUUUGUCUGUGCAGUGUUUACUUUUUCACACAGUAUUAGAGAAACUCUAAUAAAAUGCUGUUUUAUUAAUGGCA